AGUAUUAACAAAUGGCAGAGUGGCACGUAGCAUUCACAGUUUAUGAUAUUUUGUUUCUUUGUGAGUGUGAUUUUUGAAUUUUUGUACAGCGAACACGAACAAUCAAACGAAGCUUCGCAAUUCCAUUUCCGUAGUUGUUCGAUUCUUUCUAAAACACAGAGAGGGAAUUGGUCUCCCCUUUAAAUUCUGGUCGAGGGAUUAAACCAUAAUUAUAGGUAGUAGAGAAGGAUGGUAUGUUGUAAGGGCUUUUGGGAAUGCAUUUUGAAGCUUUUGAACUUCAUACUAACCGUGACUGGUUUGGCCAUGGUGGGUUAUGGGAUCUAUUUGCUGGUUGGAUUCAGUAAAGCUUCUGAUGACGACACCCCGGAUAUUUCUCCAGUCAGUGAUGAUAGUGCUCUAAUUCAACUUGGACGACCGAUGCUUAUGGCUGUGUCUCUAUCCGAUAGCAUUUUUGACAAGUUGCCUAAGGCUUGGUUUAUUUACUUGUUUAUUGGUGUCGGAGCGGUUCUCUUUGUUGUUUCUUGUUUUGGAUGUAUUGGAGCUGCGACACGGAACGGUUGCUGCCUAGUUUGUUAUUCCAUUUUGGUGGCACUGUUGAUCUUGGUUGAGCUGGGAUGCGCAGCCUUUCUAUUUUUUGACAAAAGCUGGAAAGAAGAAAUUCCGACAGACAAAACUGGAGAUUUUGAUAUGAUAUAUGGGUUUCUGAGAGAGAAUUGGAAUAUUGUGAGAUGGGUUGCUCUCGGGAUUGUCAUCUUUGAGGCUCUUCUUUUCUUGUUAGCCCUUAUUGUUAGGGCCGUAAAUAGGCCAGCAGAUUAUGAUAGUGAUGAUGAGCUCAUUAAUCCAAGGCAACAAGCUCGGCAGCCAUUGCUCAAUAGACAAGCAGUUACACCAGCAGGGUUACCAGUUGCUGGGGCAAUUGACCAACGCCCUAACAGAAAUGAUGCUUGGAGUGCACGAAUGAGGGAGAAGUAUGGGCUUGAUACUUCAGAAUUUUCGUACAACCCAUCCGAGUCACAAAGGUUCCAGCAGGCAAACUCGCAGCCAACUGAAGAAAAAAGCCGCUGCACCAUCUUGUAAUCUUCAUGGAUGCUAUUCAAAGCCAUUUCACAUGGCAUUGACAUAAAUAUAUCUUUUGUGGAGUUUGUGUACAUCUUUCACUUUAUAGGGUUAUUCCUAGACAUGUCAAAAUCAUGUUUAUUUUCGUGUUAAUAUUGUGCCGAGAGACAUCAUAAUUUAUUGUGGUGUUAGAUGCUGAUAUCAUUAUCUCUGAUGCCUCUCCCUUGUUGUAUUAGCUAGUUGAGUUAAAAUUAUUAUCUUGGUCUUUGAAAGAUUGAGUUAAUAUUUGUUGUCUUUAUAGUAAUAGCGACGGAAAUAGUAAUUGCAACGGAAAAAAUCAAAUUCAAUUCUAAAAAGUUGUCAUUAAUUUAGUUUCUUUAUCUCA